UCCCAACUUCACCAGUAUUUGAGGACAAGUGCUGUGUCAUAACGCAUAUACAUCCAGAUACACUUGAGAAUAUUGUAAUAAUUCUAAUCCAAGUCAAUCCAAGUCAACAAACCUCCCCAAAAUGGGUAACCGCAACACCACCCAAUCCCCACCCCCGCCCACCGCUCCACCACCGCAACCUCCUCCCCAAACCACCGCCAAACGCCCCGCUCCGGCACCCCAACACCCCCCUCCCCGCUCCUCCCCCAUCGGCCGCAUCCUCGGCAAGCCAAUGGAAGACGUCCGCGCCUCCUACUCCUUCCACCGCGAGCUCGGCCGCGGCCAAUUCGGCGUCACCUACUUAGUCACCUGCAAAUCAACUCACCGCCAAUUCGCCUGCAAGUCCAUCGCCACGCGGAAACUCAACCGGAAAGACGAUAUCGAGGACGUGCGGAGAGAAGUUCAGAUAAUGCAUCAUCUCACUGGCCACAAGAAUGUUGUGGAGCUUAUAGCCGUGUUCGAGGACCGGCAUUCGGUUAAUUUGGUUAUGGAGCUCUGCGGGGGCGGUGAGCUCUUCGAUAGGAUUAUUGCCAAAGGACAUUAUUCGGAGCGAGCGGCUGCGGAGAUGUGUAGGCAGAUGGUGACUGUGGUGCAUUAUUGUCAUUCCAUGGGGGUUAUGCAUCGGGAUUUGAAGCCGGAGAAUUUCUUGUUGUUGAGUAGUGAUGAGGAUUCGCCGUUGAAGACUACUGAUUUUGGGCUAUCGGUUUUUUUCAAGCCGGGAGAUGUAUUUAAGGAUCUUGUUGGCAGUGCAUAUUAUGUGGCUCCUGAGGUGCUAAACAGAAAUUACGAAGCUGAGGCUGAUAUAUGGAGUGCUGGGGUUAUUCUAUAUAUUUUACUCAGUGGUGUUCCACCAUUCUGGGGAGAAACUGAGGAAGGUAUCUUUAAUGCAAUCCGACGGGGACAUCUUGAUUUUGAAACUUCCCCUUGGCCAUCCAUAUCAAUUAGUGCCAGGGAUCUUGUUAAGAAAAUGCUAUGCUAUGACCCUAAAGAAAGGAUAACUGCAGCUGAAGUCUUGAAUCAUCCAUGGAUGAGAGAAGACGGUGAUGCAUCUGAUAAGCCAAUUGAUUUUGCUGUCUUAACUAGAAUGAAGCAGUUCCGUGCAAUGAAUAAAUUGAAAAGAGUAGCUCUUAAAGUAAUUGCAGAAAACCUCUCUGAAGAAGAAAUUAUAGGUCUGAAGGAAAUGUUUAAAUCUAUAGACACAGAUAACAGUGGAACAAUUACUUAUGAUGAGUUGAAAGAUGGUCUCCGGAAACUGGGGACUGAGCUUUCUGAGUCAGAAGUGGGGCAAUUGAUCGAAGGGGCUGAUGUGGACGGAGAUGGAUCAAUUGAUUAUAUGGAGUUCAUAACUGCUACAAUGCACUUGAAUCGGGUGGAGAGGGAGGACCAUUUGUACAAAGCAUUCGAAUAUUUUGACAAGGACAAAAGCGGGUUCAUUACAAGGGACGAAUUGGUACAUGCCCUGAAGCAGUAUAAUAUGGGUGAUGAAAAAACCAUCAGGGAGAUUAUCGAUGAAGUUGACACUGACAAUGAUGGAAGAAUUAACUAUGAUGAGUUUGCAGCGAUGAUGCGGCAAGGCAAUCCAGAGUUGGUCAUAAAUAGGCGCCGCAAAUAGGGAAGAAAAGGUCGACUAGACAUCACAUAAUAUUAUAUUUUCUUGGCUGGUAACCCUGAACAGUUUGCUGGUGUUUAACCUUUUGCACCUACCGACCGAGACCUUACUUUGUAUUAACUUCCCUGGAAUUAAUAGAGGAUUUUCCUUUGCACUUUGACUUGUUGUUCUCGUCUCUAUUGAUGUACCUGCUGUUCUUUACACACCAGGUUAACUAUUAUUGUUUGUACAUAAUAUACAAGGUUGGCCAUUAGGCCCAGUACAUCGAGCAUAGACUCUUUGCAAUUAACAUUGAACUCGUGCUCUGUUUUCACUUUGUCGAGUAUAUUAUGCUAUUCAAUUAUAAAGUCCACUUUCUUA